AUGACUGCGUUGUCUGUAGAUAUGGUAUCUCGCGAGGCUGCGCCAUCUGUGGAGGCGAUGUAUCGCGGCGUUGGUGCGUGGGCUGCUAGAGAAGAUGGCGGAGAUGAGGAUUGCAAACACGAGGAAGUGACCUACGUAGUUUAUGGAAGGAAGUGUAUAAACCAUGGUUUUACACUUCGAGCUGCUAUAACAUUCUAUACAGUCUGUGCAAUCAUCUUUAUGUCUGCUAUUGCUUUGUCGCUACGGACACUUAUCUUUCCUACGCCGCUAUCUGUAUUUCGUAAAUUGUGUUCUUCAUCACCAGUUCAUCUAGAUCACCUGUUCUCCUCUAAUACGAAUCUCUGCAGUACUUUCCACACAUUUGAUCCAGAAACCUACUACACAUCCCUUCUUGAAAAAUCGGUCAUCAAAAUCCAUCUCAAUCAAAUUCACGCACAGUUAUACACCAACGGCCUCCAAAACAAUGGUUUUAUAAUCGCCAAAUUUAUCCAUGUAAGCUCAAAUCUUAGAGAAAUUAGUUAUGCCCACAAAGUGUUUGAUGAAUUCCAGGACCCCUAUGUUUUCCUGUGGAAUGCGAUUAUCAAGGGGUAUUCCGUGCACGACAUGUUUGCAAACGCCAUUGAAAUGUACACAAGAAUGCAAUAUGCCUACGUGAAUCCAGAUUCAUUUACGUUUCCCCAUGUGCUUAAAGCUUGUGGUGGCUUAAUGGCUGUUGGCAUUGGUAGUGCGGUUCAUGCACAGAGUUUUAGACUUGGGUUUGAGGACGACGUAUUUGUGCAAAACGGGCUCGUGGCAUUCUAUGUUAAGUGUAACAAAAUUUGCUGUGCUGAAUGGGCAGCCUAUGGAGGCCUUGAGGAUUUUCAGUAA